ACAUACAGUAGAAGCUCCAUUCAGGUUCUACGGCAUUGUUCAGCACACUUUAGUUGGACGACAGCCUCAGACUAGCUAUACUUCUUUCCAGCUUUCCACUGUGUUAAGACGCCAGCUCAGUCAGCAUGACGGCCAAAGCGACUUUGACAGAGUGGAACACGGGCCUUUUUGACUGUUGUGAAGACAAAUGCUCUUGUUGCUAUGGUUUCUUUUGCUGCCCUUGUCUGGCCUGCUCAGUGGCGGGAAAAUUUGGGCAGAACCGAUGCCUCCCAGUGUGCGACAUGCUCAGCCCUGCUGCCUUGACAGCUUGUGGGAUCCCUCUGUUUGCACCCCCUGCAGCUUUGUCUCUCAGAGUCGGUAUCCGCAACAGAUAUGGUGUCAAGGGCUCCAUUUGUAAGGACAUCAUGACGUCGUGCUUCUGCAUGUGGUGCUCCUGGUGUCAGAUGCACCGUGAGCUGAAGUUUCGCAAGAAACACCCCACUGUCGUCAACAUGCAGCCGGCAUAACUCUAGCGUCUCCUUGAAAUCGAACAAAUGCAGGCUUUCUGAGACAAGCUUGAGAUAUUCUGUCUUUUUACGGCUUAUGGAAUGAUGAUGUUGCAGCUAAUUUCUAGUGAGAUUACCUUUAUUGGUACAUAGUUAAGGUAAGAAAAUUAAUACAAAAAAUAAGACAUGUACCACAGUGGGGAAUGUUAAUCAUUAAAGGGAUAGAUUUUUUUUUUUUUACAUCAAGUCAUAUGACAUCCCCCCACUUGGUCCCGUGAGCUGGGGUCUGGUACCAAAUGGGCGGUAAGUCAACGUACAACUUCCUGUUAAAAUGAGUAUUUUCCUCAAAGAUACUACUCAGGUCUUGAAUUAACUAUCUUUCAAUUGCUAUUCACAAAUCCUCAAUCAUUAUUAUUUUUGGGGUGGGCCCAGAGGUAUGAGAAAUUGUAUGUGAAAUUGUCAGAAGACUCAAGUAAAUAAACUGUCAAACUUGAGAAAUGGCAAAUGAUUGUAUUCACCAAAUUUGACCAGGCUCAGUACGUUAAGUUACAGUAAACAUUACCAAGUACCGCGUGUAGUAUUAGUAUAUAGCUUACAGUACAGCUUUACCUAUAAAUAAACACAGCACUGUUGAAAAAGAUUUCCCCUGGCACAACAGCGCCCUCACCUGGCUGUAAAGCGGUAUGUGAGACAGAGCAGCAUGUAUCCUGUUCGUGUCGCAAAUAGCCUAAUACUGUAUUGAAGGGGUUAUGUGAUUUUUUUAUACUAAUCAUAAUAGAAAUACGGGAACAUUAUCAUACAAACAUUAUUACUAGUGUACAAUACUGAUCAUUAUUGUAAGUUUGUCAAUACUUACAGAACGCAAGGGUGUCCAAACUUUUUCCACCGAGGGCAGCAUAGAGAAACAUUGAAAGAAGUGGGGGGCAACGUUGUUCAAUUGUGUACAUUAAAUAU